AUGCAGCCAAAGGAGAUCAUUGGAAACUAUUUUGUAGAAAGUCUUAAUCAUAAAUCAAGGGCCUCUUUGAACGCUUCAGCUCAAGGGCAGAUCUUAAACAAAACGUAUGAAGAGAUGGAAGCUCUCCUUGAGAUGAUGUCUGAGGGUCAUCAUGAGUAUCAUGAGACUAGCCGGGUGUUGCCACAGAAAGCUGCUAGGGUUCUUCAAGUUGAUGAUGUUGCGGCUAUUCGAACUGAUAUAAGUACUCUUACUAAUGUUAUGUUGAGAGCGUUUCCUCAAGCUCAGCAGAUUCAACCAGUCCAACAUAUUCAGCAGGAAGCAUGUAAUGUCAGACCACCGGGUUCUCUUCCUAGUGAUACUGAGAAGAACCCAAAGAAGUGCAAGGCAGUUACCUUGAGGAAUGGAAGAGAGCUUGAAGAAGUGCCUCAAAAAAAGAAGAGCAUAGCAGAGGCAGAACUUAUCUCCUUGCGAGCCGAACCAAAUGUACACAUCAACUUACCCUUGGUGGAGCUUUUGCAAGAAGUUUCAAAAUAUGCUAAGUAUAUCAAAGAUGUGGUUGCUAACAAAUGGCGUUGGACAGAGUUUAAGACUGUUGCACUUACAGAGGAGUGCAGCUCUACAGUGAGGAGUAAAAUUCCUCCAAAGUUAAAAGGUCCGGGCAGCUUCACAAUUUCGAUUACUAUUGGCAACAUUGAAGUUGGGCUAGCAUUGUGUGAUUUGGGUGCUAGUAUUAAUCUAAUGCCCACUUCUGUGUUCCAAAUUUUGGGCUUGGGUGAGCCUAGGCCAGCCACUAUUAUGUUGCAGCUGGCUGAUCGAUCUCUUGCGUAUCCUGAUAGUAUUAUUGAGGAUGUUCUUGUGAAGGUAGGCCCAUUUAUUCUGCCGGUUGAUAUUGUGAUAAUUGAUUAUGAGGUAGAUAAGAGUGUUCCUCUCAUCAUGGGAAGAGGGUUCUUGGCUACUGUUGAUGUUGUGAUGCGAGUAAAAGAUGGGAAGAUAUCCAUGACAGUUGAUGGACAAGAGGCGUCUUUUGAUGUGUUUAAAGCUACCAAGCUUCCAGCCCAUUAUGAGGAGUUGAAGAUGAUUUCUGUGGUGGAGCCCGAGCUCACUAAUGCAGAGUUAGAUCACUUUCUAGCUUCGCGAGACCCUUUGGAGAUAGCUUUGGUGUAUGGGGAAGAUUUUAUGAUUGAUGCAGAAGUUGAACGUGUAUUACGAGUGCUAAGAGAUCGAAUUCGAGCCCUUGGGUGGUUGAUAGCUGAUAUUCCAAGUAUUAGUAGUUCGUUUUGCAUGCACAAAAUCUUAUUAGAGGAGGACAACAAGCCUAGUGUUGAAUGCCAGAGAUGA